AUGGAAAAAAUUCACGAAAACCAAGUAGACGAAGUCUUGCCUUACCAAUUUGAGCCAGAAACGGGGGCAGAAACAAGUGAUUUGAGUGAUGAAAGCGAUUCGGAACGAGGUAGUGUUUUGUCUUCGUCUGAGGAUGAAGUCGAUAACAAUUUCGAAAUAGCGAACGCGUGGCGUCUGGAAACUUUAAGUUGGUGCAAAUGUGGUCGAUGUGCAUUGUCAGCGAAAACUAUUGAGUGUUUUUGUUGCCAUGAAAAAGCAGUUGAGUAUGGCGAGUAUGAAGUUUUACUUGAUGAAACAGAAGCACAGGGCGAAAAGUGUUUGACGUUACAUCCGGACUUUCGAGACAACAUGUUGUCCAAAGGCGUGCUGAAGAUAGAUGUUUGUCGCUAUCUCGAAGAAAAUUGGCCUUUAGACGAUGGGGAUUUGGAAAAGAUUCACAAGCUCUACCGUCUAGUCUCAUACCAACGAUGCUCACGCUGGAUUUUCCAGAUAUUGGGGAAAAAGAGGCGCAGACCGUUUCCUGCCUGUGUAUAUGCAAGCAUACGAGACUGCUUUGCUUCGCCGGAUGGUCUCUAUACGCAUUUUAAAUAUGCCAAAACAUCAAAGAGGUAA